AUGAGAUUUCUCUAUAAAUGCAAGCCGAAUCGAAAAGCCCUAAAUCCCUUAAACAGUCAACUGGCCGUGUCCGUUAAGCUCACUCCUUCCCGAUACACCGAAGCUCCAAUGGAAAGAGAAGAUGAGCUUCAGAGGCUAAACGGGCAAGCUUCCUCAGCUCCACUAGACGGAGAUGUUGAGGAUGACGAUCCGCUAGUGUUGAGCUCUCAAGCAUUGGCGGCGCUCCAGGAAUUUCUAGCCGACCAAAACAAGCCUGCCGCGAGCACGCCGCCGACUUCUUCCGUCGCCGGAGGUGAUGAAUCCGAUAAAGUGGAGCUGGUUACAGAGGAUUGGAGACUCAGCCAAUUCUGGUACGAACCUGAAACCGCUGAGACUGUAGCUGAGGAAGUGGUCACUCUCUCUCAAAGAUUCUCAGACUGUAGAGUCGCUUGCAUUGCUUGCCCUACUCUCUACGUUUAUCUCAAGAAAAGGGAUCCGAGUCUCCAUGUGCAACUGCUGGAGUACGAUAUGAGAUUCGAGAGAUAUGGAAGUGAGUUCACGUUUUAUGAUUACAACGAACCUGAAGAUCUGCCACUUCAGCUGAAACAUUGCUUCCAUAUAAUCGUUGCAGAUCCUCCCUACUUGAGUAGGGAAUGCCUGGAAAGAGUUAGUCAAACAAUUUCGUUCCUCUCAAUCCCGGUAGAUUCAUUGUUGCUUCUUCUCACAGGAGAGGUGCAAAGAGAACAUGCAGCUGAGCUAUUGGGUGUUCGUCCUUGUGUGUUUAAGCCUCAUCACUCUAGCAAACUCGGAAACGAGUUUCGACUGUUUAUAAGUUAUGAUCCAGGUACCAGAUUAGGAGGCUUGGAAGAGGACAGCUAGUUGUGAGUUGUACAUCUUUUCAUCUAAGCAUCUAUGUCGACUUGCUUGUUUCCGGCAUAUCAAGCCCUCCAUCCUCUAGCAGGGGACGAAGGUUGGUGGCAGGGCAAGCUCAUGUGUGGUGCCUCUUCCCUCUCGUCCUAUCUUGGAUAAUUUUUCAUCAAUGUUCUCUUGGUGACCUCACAGUGUUCAAUGGUUCUCUGUUUUGUAUCUUGUUGCAACCGCAGAUCUCAAGUCUGUUGAUCAAUCGAAAAGUUUUGAAUUUUGAUAUGCUUUACA